CUACGCCAACCACGGCUGAAGAGACACCAUGAUCCAAGGAGGCAUCUUUCGAACGAAUUCUUUUCCGCUUACCUCGGCGUGACCAGUUGCCAUCUCCAUCAAUUACUCGAAACUAAUGUCUGACUACAGCUGCACGGCGCACCCCAUUUAUACUAAUGUGGGGGCCGUUUUCAUCGUCGAUUCAAAUCUAACAGGAGCACCACGUGUGGGCGACUGGGAUACAAGGGCAUUGUUCUCAUGGAUGAAGUGGGUAUACAGGGAUAUUUCACUCUCGUACGAUCCUGCAGGACCCCCGUUGAGUGGGCCACUAACUGAUACUAGUUGUAUUCUAACUACGGAGUACUCCGUGAAAGCGGGAGACAGGGUAUACGGAAGACCUGGUACUUAUCCUUGCAAAAGUAGAAUAACUGGUGUGAUCGAGGAAUUAUGAAAGGUACCUAGGUAUACUUGAUCUUGUUGCCCAUACAGGAUACAUACUCUGUGCUAUUGAAUGCUCAAUAUGAAGGACUCGCCAUCUCCUAAAGGCUUACUUGCCAUCCCCGAGGCCCAGCUGGACCACCGUUCAGAUGCCGAGAUCAUCGCCGAAUUGAAGUCUGAUCGGCCUCUUUCAUCCGCUGAGAAGAAUGUGUGGGCAUUCUGGCAUUCAGGGUUUGACAAUAUGGUCCCCUGGACCCAGAGAAAUGUCAUCGGCUGGGUGCGUCUGUUGGGACCCGAAUGGACCGUCCGGGUACUUGAUCGAGUGCCAGACUCACCGCUGAAUAUUUCUCGGUUUGUAGACGCAUCCUUUUUUCCCGAUGCCUUCAACAAGAAUAUCAUGAGCGGUCCAAGCGUGGGGCCUCACAUGGCGGACUUGAUCCGCCUGCCAUUGCUGUAUCUAUACGGCGGUGUGUGGAUGGACGUGGGAUCGACCCUGUUCCGACACCUGGAUGACGUCUGCUGGGAUGUGAUUUCUGAUCCAGAGACCCCGUAUGAGAUUUGCGGGUUCAACCUCGAAGUUCGGCCGGGCGUGACCGUCAUGAUGAACUCGUUUGUGGCCUCCAGACGAGGGAACGGGUUUAUCAAACGAUGGCAUGAGAUCUACCGGGCGCUUUGGGCAGGCGGAGCCACGCAAAGCGACGGAUUCCACAAGCACCCGCUGGUGGCGCACCUGCCCUUGCUGCACCCGCCGGUGGACAAGAUCAAGAACCCAGACCGCGAGGCGGCCAUGGGCCGGGUGACCGAUUACAUCGCUCAGAUCCUGUGCUUUGAGCGGCUGCGCAAGCUGGUUGAUCCCAGCGAUGGAUUCAAUGGGCCCAAAUACUAUCAGGAGAAGAUGUAUCUGUUCCCCGCGCUACAGGAGAUGUACUACUUCCAGAAAUGCACCGGGUGGAAGGGUGGCGAGCAGUUCCAGCUCCUGAGCGUCAAGCGGGAAGACAGCGACGGGUCCGUUCCCCCCCUCGUCCGCGAUGAAGUUUACAAGCGGGCCGAGGAGAUCGUCAACGACAUGGUGGCCAACACGUCUUUCAUGAAGCUCUCCCACGGACCUCCGGGCGAGCUAGAGGCCCUAGCUGAUCUAUGGGACGACCCGAAAAAUAGCGACAAGGACAACGAACCGGGGACGUUUGCGGCGUACCUCCGCUACGCGAGCACGCAUUUCCGGCAGACGAGACAGAUGGUCCCGUUGCAGUUACCCCUAGAGACAGAUGUCUUGCACGUGGGGUUACUCGAGGAAGCACCUAGUCAUGAACAGAGAUAAACAGUUUUGAUUUGACAGCUAACCAUUUGUUUAAUAUGAUAACAAAGUAUAUACUACCCAAGCUCACCACCCUCAUCUACUCUCAGA